AUGUCCGACAAGAUGGUACGCUGGGCUGACUCCAACGAGUUCUACUAUGCAUCCCCUACCAACUCGCCGACUUCAUCCUCCUCGGUGUCUCCGGGGCCUAUGACACCGCCUCCGACAUUGCCUGACGUAGCCACUAUCCAUGACAUGUUGAGGUUUAAACGAAAUCUCGGCUUUGUCAACGACCUUCUACAAACACCAGAAGAAGGAACAUUGGAUAGUGAGUAUUUAGAUCAGCCAGCGACAGAACCGCCCGUCUCCCACAUAAGCGUUAUAUGCUCCAAGCUCCCUUUUGUUCUACAUAUCAGAGAACAAAAGGAGGGAAGGGGGAACACGAUAGGCGAUCUCCUGGAGCGACUACAUCUGCUUUUCCAGGAGCAGGUUCGGGCGAUUGACCUAGAGAGAGAGCAGCCGGAAACUAGGAAGGGUAUAUUAGACACCUUUGCAAAGAGGUGUGAGAAGUUGAUGGAGCAUAGCGUUGCUCGUGCGUCCCGGGAGAAAGAAGCUGGCCCGCGAAGAAUUGACUACCUUGGAGGGCAAAGUAUUUUCGCUGGAUUUGACGUAGUAUCAAACGAUCAUGAUCACUUUAGGCUCAGACUUCACGUCCGUCUUAUUGGCAUAUCGUUAUUACACACCACUCCAGUUCUAUGA